AUGCUAUCAACAUCAAUACUCAGGUCACGCUCUGCGUGGAAGGGCCCUUUUUUCGUUGCAUUCCCCAACCUCGCCGAGGCGCUCAAGAACAACACCGCCAUCCGUACCAACGCAAGGAGCUGCACCAUCUUGCCCAACUUUGUCGGCCUCAAGUUCCUCGUGCACAACGGCAAGCACCACAUCCCAUUGACCGUCACCGAAGAGAUGGUCGGACACAAGCUCGGCGAGUUUGCACCAACAAGGAAACCUUUCCGAUACAGGCUCACCAAGAACAAGUGA